UAUCUUAACAAAAAAUUUUGAGGUAUUUUUGUAUUGCCAAAAGUAGAGCCACACAAGUUGCAAAAGACAAUAGAAUAUAAAUAAUAUAAAAUAAAAAUAGAAUAUAAUUUUUAUCGUCUAAAAUUAUAAAAGACAUUAUUGGUCUUGCAAUUAAAGCCCCGACGUAAUGGGUAAACACAGAACAGCCCAACAGGAUGCAAUCUUCGUAGCAUUCAUGGAACGGCAUCCAAUCAUCUCGAAAAAUUAUCUUAAAGGAGACAAGCAAGCGGCGGAGGCAGCGUGGAAGAGAUUGUCAAAUGAGUUAAAUAGUGUUGGACCCCCUGUCAAGGAAGCCAGCGAAUGGAAACGGGUUUGGAAAGACUGGAAAAGUUGCAUUCGAAAAAAAAUUACUAAUAAUCGGCUAGAGGACUCUAAGGCUACUGGCAAAGGAUCGCUAUACCAAGAUACUCUUACUCCCCUGGAGGAUGCAGUUGCUGAAAUCUGCGACUUGUACGAUAUGGCAGACACCAUCGCCGAAGCCUGCCCCAAGGCUCAAACUGAAAUGACCCACGGAGUUCCCCUGAAAUGCAUCAAAACCGACCAAGAUGAUUCCACGUUGACAGAUAAUCAAGAGUAUGAGGAUGAAGAUUGCUCCAUCAAUAUUAGACGCUUGGGUGUUCAGUUAGAUAAAAGCUUUAGCGCUGACUCUUCACAGACUACUUCCAAAAAAAGAAAGCGAAAGGAAAAUGCUUUAGAAAUUGAACAGGAACAUUCUGUUCCCGUUCUCUUGGAUAUAGCAAGAGAGAUUAGUGACUUAAAUAGACAAUCCCGCUUAAACGCCCAGCGAACAAAAGCUAACACCGAGGCAUUAUUAGCUGUGGGUACGCAGAUAGCGGAUUUAAUGCAGCAGCAGUUAAAGGAACGUAAGCGCCUUAACGCCAUAAUGGAGAAAUUUGUACUGAAAAUGGAAUCUACAGAUUAGAGUCAAUAUAUAACUUGUGUAAUGUCUAUUAAAAUUAAUUUAAAAAAUCCGAUAUUUCAAUCCUGUAAUAGAUAUUCAUCUCUGAAAAUAUUAAUAAUAAAUUUAAAAAAAAAACAA